AUGCAGCCCAUCGAAGAGGGAGGCCAGCCCCAGGCGGAGGAGCAAUCCAUUGACUACCUUUGUCGGCUAAUACGACACGUCUACCUGUCCAUCUUGGAAGGAUUGGAUAUCACUGGGCCCGAGAAAGGCCAUGAUGGUGAACAAUAUUUCCCAGAAGUGUCGGCAAUUGUCAGGUUAUUCCAAACCAUUCUAGGGCGUCUGCAUAAAUGUGCUCUAGAUGAGUUUGUCACACGGCAUGAUGAGGAUAAGAACAGGAAUAAGGGGCGACGCUCUGGCACGAAAUCAAUCGCUGGAACACCACACAACUCUUCCCCUGGCUUUGCUCGACAAGCCGAGUCUCUGACUAGGACGUUGGUUAGGAUGAUUACAGAUCUCGAUGCAUCUAACACUAAUCAUUGUGAAAUUUUGGAGGGGAUUUUGUGCGCUUUUUUCGACCACGCCGGCUCUUCGUUGUCGCUUCUGAUAUUCGGGGAUUCGAAGCAGAAGCAUAAAAGCUCGACCGGAGUCCUUCCACCACGAGGCUUGUUGGAUGUCGCUCACCUUGAUUUGGAAGCUGCAAUGGGCAGCGCGACACUUGAAGGCCCGUACCUAGUCUUUAUUUUGCGAAAAUCCAUCGAGUUUCUGCAUCACAGCACGAAGCGCAUGUCCGAAGAUUCGUUGUUACUUUUUUCAGUGCAGAAGCCGGAUACGACACACCCUGGCCGACUUCGACGAUUGGUUGAAGAAACGCUCCAGAACACUUUACUCAGGGGGGUGUAUGGGGAUGACGACGACACGUUUUAUAAUGCCUUGAGGCGUGAUGAAGGUGCGGAUGAAGAUGGAGAUGAUGUGGCCAAGAUGAUGGAAGAUAUCAGGCCGGAUGAGGAUGGUGCAGAAUGGUUUAUUGGACAACUCUGGGAACAUUUGGGCUGGGAUAUACUAUCUGGCCAGAAAGGGCUAUAA